CCUGACGCGGCGGUCAAAUUGGACGCUCCCGCGGGGCCCCAACCCACCGAAACGGCUCGCCCCAAACCCAACCCAACACAGCACCGCGACAAGGCCGGCGGGGCUGAUCUCACAUUCACAGCACUACGCCCUCCGUUCUCAUUCUCCACUGCCGCGGUGCUGCUGCUGACGAGUGACGAGCACCGCGCACGCGCCGCAUCCACUCCACCGCGCACGCGAGUACAAAUCCCGGACCUGAGAACCUCCUCGCCACAAGCCCCACGCCCGCAGAUCAGUACACUCGUAGCGGCAGCGGCAGCAGCAGCAGCGGAAACUGAAGCGGGAGGAUGAACGGGUACCGCAACCUCGCCUCGUCCCCUCCGGCGCCCAGCGGCGGCGGGGAGCCGCAGCCAGCCCCGUCCCCGGCCGCGGCGAAGGAGGGCAAGUGGGAGGGGGCGGCGGUCGGCGCGGCGGCCAUCGUCAGGAACCUCUCGUCCUCCUCCCAGAGGUUCGCGUCCGUGGAGCGGAGCAAGUCCACCGGCGCCCACCGCGGCGGCGGCUUCCAGGCGGCCGUGAGGAGGGCCUUCUCCAUGCGGAGGCAGCCGGCGUCCGGCCUCUCGGAGGGGUACUGGCGGAUCCACGACGGCCUGGACGACGGCGACAACGACGCCGAGGCGCCCGAGGAGGUCGACGGGCAGAAGAAGCAUCAGGUGGCGGAGGCCGCGGUGCCGGGAGACGCCGCGGCGAGCAACGACGAGAUCGGCAAGGAGACGAAGAAGAAGAAGAGGGGUCACAUCUUCAAGGCGUGCAAGAAGCUUCUUGGGUUCAAACAUGUCUAGUCUAGUCAACAAGAAGCUUCUUGGAUUCAAGAUCCAUGGACGUUCUUGAUGUGCCUCUGUUUUGGAUCUUGUUCUUGUCUCGUUCGUCGUUUUGAGUAAAUAAAGAGCUUGGGUUCGUUGACUUGAA